AUGGUAAUAACUCAGAAGAAACAAGCUGUUCAAGCUAAUAAAUUCCGCUGGGAGCCAGAUUUCGGAGUUAAUAAUAAGGUCUGGCUAUCUAUGGAGGGAUUGAGCACAAGUCGACCAAGCAGGAAACUGGAUCACCAGAGGCGUGGACCUUAUAAGAUUACGGUACAGAAAGGAUACGCAUUUAAGCUGGAUCUGCCUCCGGAAAUGAGGAUCCAUAAUAAUUUCGCACCGGAUCGUUUCAGAUUAGCUGCAGAUGACCCAUUGCCCGGCCAGCGACCCCCAGUGACGGAACCGGUAGAGAUACACAGUAAAAAUAAAUGGGAAGUUAACGAGAUCGUGGCAAGCCGACUCUACUACAAAAAGCUGCAGUAUCAGGCCAAAUGGAACAACGCAGAUGAUAACCCGACCUGGUAUCCGGCGAGCAACUUUAUCGGCUGUCCACAUUUGGUACAGGAAUAUCAUCAGCAGUAUCCGGACAAGCCGGGACCCCCGAGACGUCUAGGCGCCUGGUUAGAGGCAUACAAUGGGGAAAAAGAAUUCGAGAUUACGCGAGAGGAUGAACUGCUGGUUUGA